CAAUUCCAAAGAGCAUAUAAACCCGACGCUGGAAGCAAUCAUGUCAGUGUUUCUAGGUGGAGGUAAACGAUGGCACAAGAUAACCUGGGAGCUGUUUUGUACAAAACAAAAGAUUUACGAUUGGAACAAACACCAAUCCCAGUAAUAGAAGAUGAUGAGGUACUCUUGCGCAUGGACUGUGUGGGCAUUUGCGGCUCGGACGUGCACUUCUGGCAAAACGGCUCGUGCGGAAACUUUGUGGUCAGAGCGCCCAUGAUCAUGGGUCAUGAGGCUUCUGGGGUCGUCGCCAAGUUGGGAGCCAAAGUAAAGAACCUGAAGGUGGGUGACCGUGUGGCGAUUGAGCCGGGCAAGCCAUGUCGCUACUGCGAGUUCUGCAAGACGGGCCGCUACCACCUGUGUCCUGAGAUGCAGUUCUGCGCUGCGCCGCCCACGCACGGCAACCUGGUGCGGUACUACAAACACCCGGGCGACUUCUGCUACAAAUUGCCAGACCAUGUGUCAAUGGAGGAAGGUGCUCUACUGGAGCCACUUUCAGUAGGCAUACAUGCGUGUCGGCGUGGCGGAGUGACUGGUGGAGACGUGGUACUGGUGCUUGGUGCCGGGCCGAUUGGCCUGGUCACUUUAUUGGCCGCCAAGGCCAUGGGAGCAAGCAAGGUUCUCAUCACAGAUAUCCUUCAAGCUCGAUUAGACGUAGCCAAGGAAUUGGGUGCAGAUUUCACUCUCCUAGUCUCCCGGGACUCUCAAGAAGCAGAUUUAGUUAGAAAGGUCCACGAACUACUCGGAGGUCACCCGAAUAUUUCCUUUGAUGCCAGCGGGGCAGAGUCCACUGUGCGAUUGGCUUUAUUGGCGACCAAGUCUGGUGGCGUAGCAGUUCUGGUGGGAAUGGGCAGUGCCGAGCUCAAGGUGCCGCUGGCGGGCGCGGUGGCCAGGGAGGUGGACAUCCGUGGCAUCUUCCGAUAUGUUAACGAGUACCCCAUCGCGCUGGCCAUGGUGGCGAGCGGCAAGGUCAACGUGCGGCCGCUGGUGACGCACCACUUCGGCCUGGAGCAGAGCCUGGAGGCCUACGAGGUGGCGCGGCGCGGGCUCGGCAUCAAGGUCAUGAUCCACGUGCAGCCCAGGGACGCCAACAACACGCACAAGUUCACCAAAUAACGAAGACGAUAGAGUUAUAACAACUAACGUUUGUAGCAGAAGUAGCCACAAUGAAAUUUGAUUGUUACCAUAAAUUUUUGAACCUAAGCCAUACUUUUGUAUACAUUAAAUAAAACUUUUUUAAUAAUAACUA